AUGAAUGACCGCUAUUUAGAACAAAGAAUUAAUAUCAAAUUUUGUGUGAAAUUGAACAAGUCUGCAAGUAAGACGCAUCUUUUAAAAGAAGCUUGUGGGGAUGAAGAGAUGUCGAGGGCUUGAGUUUUUGACUGGCACAAAAGGUUUAAAGAAGGGUGGGAAGAUGUCAGAGAUGAGGCGUGAAGUAGCUGUCCAGUCACCCACAGGACGGAUGCAAAUAUCCAGAAGGUCAAGGUUUGUUCGAACAAGCAGUUAACGGCGAGGACAGCUGAAGAAUUAAAUUUAGAUAAAGAAACCAUUAGACUCAUUCUGAAAGGAAACCUAAACAUGAGAAAAAUGUCUGUCAAAGUUAGAGCGAGUAUUUUGAAGGAUCCGCCUAAACUUGGGAAGUUUGAAUGCCCGUCUGGUCAUAUAAAGGAAAUUAGGAACGCUAGCUUAAAUGUGAGGGAAAAGAUACCAAGUUCUGAGAUGUGAGGUUAUCUGUAGCAGAAAACUGAUGGGGAAAUGUCUCUACCUGAGUAGAAUCCUAGAAGCCAUUCCCCUGCCAGCCAGCCUCUGCAGGGACCAUCCUCAGCAAGCAUCCCCGCCAAGGUUGCUCGUGAUUGGUUCACAUCCUGGUGA